AUGGCUCCGUAUGAAGCUCUAUAUGGUAGAAGAUGUCGGUCACCUGUGUGUUGGAUGGAAUUGAGAGAAAGAAAAAUAAUUGGGCAGAAAUUAGUUCAAGAGGCAGAGGAAAUGGUUAAAAAGAUUCAAGAAAGAUUAAAGGUAGCAUUUGAUAGACAAAAAUCAUAUGCGGAUUUGAAACGGCGUGAUAUCGAAUACUCUAUUGGUGAUAAGAGAUAUAGAUCAGAUCCUUCUUAUGUUAUCCCCACUGAAGAUAUUGAAAUUCGACCGGAUCUGUCUUAUGAAGAAGAGCCAGUGCAAAUAUUAGCUAGAGAGGUAAGGGAGUUGAGAAACAAACGGGUUCCUUUAGUGAAAGUGUUAUGGAGAAGUCAUAGUAUUGAGGAAACAACUUGGGAACCGGAAGAAACAAUGAGAGAGCAAUAUCCUCAUCUCUUCUCAGCUAACAAAGAAUCAGAGGUGUCGGCUCAAAAGGGAAAGGAGAAGAUUACCAAGGAGUAA